GACAGGACGAGGAGAGCCGCUUAUGCCAGGGGCGAGGCACGGCGGGGAGCAGGGGGCGGGCUGAACGUUGGAGGACAAAGGGAAGAGAUUGAAAUUGCCCUGGCAAAGCCAGCCUUCCCCCAACUGAAGGUCUCGCCAAGCCAGGGGCGCCGUAAUAUUAGGCCGAAACGACGCCGAGAGGCACUUUGUUCUCUGGCGCCAGGCCCGUAUUGCGUGAGUGCGGGAGAGCGAAUGUGGUGAACGAAACUGGGGACCUGAAAGUUGCCGCGGGAAGCCAGGAAGCCCCGCGCCCUGGCAGCCAGGAGGGACAGAGCUAAUGGCACUGCGGGAAGGCUUCCAGAGACCCAUAAUUGCUCGGACGCGCUGGGAGCGUUCGAGCAACAGCUGCGAGCAAUUGCUCCGCACCAUAGAGCCCGAGCCACAGCCACAGCGAGUGCAAUCUAUCCCAGAACAGCAGCGCCAUCCCACUUUACAAGCUGAUGACCAGGAGCCUCACAAUAGAGGUUCCCUACGCCAAGCUGCCGCUAGCCCACCGCCCCCAUCUCAACUAUGCGGCGGAUGCAACACAUGUUCCAGCCGCCCUGGGACAGACAUCGCCCACGGUGGAUAACUUUGCACUGCGCUGGUGUCCGCCCGUUGAUCUCUACGGAGGCGGCGGCGACCAGCCCUACGUGCGUCUACCCGCCGCCGCAAGAGCGGCAUGGGGCGCGCAAAGCAUCCAGCAGAACCGGCUCGAAGACCAGAGCCUCACGCAGGUAGACUGCAUCAGAGGCAAUGUUUCUGGCACAACGGCGGAAUCAUGA